AUGCGACACCACAUGGAAGCUCCUACAUGCCACUUGGCUGAAGCAUGCAAACCAGAUGUCCGUGCCCUGAAUCUCUAUAACCAAAAGGACGAGACAGUGAGGGCAAGCAAACUGCUCGCUCCCUGGUGGAGUACAAAGCAAACCCUACAACCAGCAGGACCCUCACGCAGCAUCCGCCUGCAGCAGGCUCACAUUCAAUGCCGGCACAGCCCACGUGCGCUGCCUUUUGCUUCUCCCUUGCACUCGGCCCGGCCCCAGCUGCACGCGUGCUGCUGGGAUCCUCGGAGCCUCGUGCUGCCCUUCAGCCGCGUGCCUGGAGCUGAGGCGGGGCUGCAGAACGCUGCCGCGCGGCCCCAAUCUGCUGCUGCUGGCGAUGUGGGUUCCGCGGGAGGCUCCGGGUCCAAGCUGUUGUUCAGAGCACCUCAAAGACUGAAGACCUUGAAAACUGCAGUACCACAGCAUUUCUGCUACUACAAGGCCAAAUCCCUCAGAAACACUAAACAGGCCAGAAAAAGCUAUUUGAAUGCUCCCACAGCUUUCCUCUUCACCUCUUGUACUGUUGCAUCCUCUGACAUCAUACUGUGCUUCCAAGGAGAAGUUUAUGGUGUCACGAAAAGGGCCUCAGAAGUUCAAUACGCUGUGACACUGAGGGAAAGUGUCUGUAUGUUUUCAAACAUUAUGGAAAUAGUAAGCAUGCUUUCCAAAACUGUCAGAAAUAUAUACUUUGAAAAGAUGAAUGCCUAUGUGGGAUUAACUCCUCAUGUUACACAUGUACUCUGGAGUGUGUUUUCUCCCGCUGGUCUCCGGAGCCCAGUAUCUCAAAUGGAAUCUGACACACCACACCAGAUGCUAAGUAAGGCCUUUCCAAAUGGAGGUGUGUGUUUUCUGUGCUGAAUGUAAUCUUUCCAGACCUAGGCUGUGUAAGUCUGAUGGGAGUUGUCCUGCUGUUUUGGAACAAUUCACCUGGCUCGGCCACAGCCCGUCCUUGGAUGUGUUGUUGUUAACAAAUGUGUGUGGAUGCUCCCCUCCUCCCCCUGCCUCCCAUCAGCCCCGGUGCCUCGUUGGUGUGAUGCCACAGCUAUGGAGCAGUACAUAUGAGUGUAUUUCUAGGAAACGUUAUGCAAACUAGCUCCAAAAAGGAGGCAAGCAUAGGAAAAUGAUGCUAAUGCUAUCCCUGAAGUAGAUAAACCUGUUUCAUAUGGUUUUUUUUUUUUUUUUUUGUUAACAGGAGGCAAUUAUAUCAUCUGCAUGUGCUGUAACAGACUGGUACCACGUAUUCUUAGCUAACACUGAACAGCUAAUUUGUUGCAGAUCCCAAGACUCCUCUUAGUUAGAUCUUAGAAGAUAUGGUUUACCUGGAUGUAAAACAAGACAUGCUCCACUAACAUUGGCACUCACUAACUCAGUUACAAAUAGCUUGUCACAAUGAGCAUAACCAGUUAUGACAGACAUCUGGCUGGGAUUGGAGGUGUCCCAUACCUUGUCUGGAGGAAGGAGGGCACUGAGCUUGCCUAAACUCAUUUAGUUUGAAGAACUGACGUGGUAGAUGGCACGACAUUGUCAAACUUUCUUUUCAGAUUUUGACGGGGGUUAGAGAAGCAAGUGCCUUCUAAUUACAAUGUGCAGAGUGUCUGGGCUGAGAAAAGAGGAGGAAACAUGAAUGUGAGGGUUUUUUGUUGCUGUUGUUAGGUUUGUGGCUAGGGUUCUUAUCACACUGAACAGAUGUGUGCUCCAGCCUACCCCCAAGAGCUCCCAAAGAA